UACCCCACAAAGGGAAGAAACGCACACUCCAGGAAUCACGGACACACACCAGGAACCCAAGCCUGGCUUUAACAGAAACGUUGCAGUGUGGGGCUAUAAGAAAUGAAAGCUGAGGUUGGUGUUAUCUGACUUCGCCAAACAAGCUGGUUUAUAGGAGAAACGAAUUGGACUUGAUCCGGCAAUGUGGUGUUUUGUUGGGGCUAUCAUUGCAGCAGUCUGUGCAUAGGAUGCAUCCUCCCUUGGCUUUUGAUGCUGUGCAGAUCCACCCUCCUCUCCUCAGAGUGAUGAACUAAUAGGCAAUGAUUUUCUCCUCGGAAAUCCACCGUGUUUUACUGUUUUCACGUUAGUUGUGUUUGUUUACUGGCGGCCCGUCUCCUCCAGGUGCGACACAUGCAAUUUAUAGAGUAUAUUUUCUAUUAUCGACUAGUUGAGGAGGCAUUCUUUAUACGCCAGAAGAAGAAAACACACCAUUAUUCCGAAGUCUGCCAGAUACUGAAUAUUUUGCCACGUGAAUGAAAGCGCAUAGGACUUGGAUAUACCUAUUUUUCUAUGAUACAAUUGGUAGCCCUGUCCUGGAGAACUGAUCCAAUUGUGUUAUUAUGCAACCGCAAGGAUCUCAUCUAUAUCUGGGUGUUUAAGCCACUGGAUUGCUCUUCGCCCAAAUCAAUGUGGUUUCUUUGGAACAUUUUCAGCAAAGGAACGCAUAUGCUGCAGUGUCUUUGUGGCAAGAGUCUUAAGAAAAACAAGAAUCCAAGUGAUCCCCAGCUCAAGGGUAUAGUGACCAGGUUAUAUUGCAGGCAGGGAUACUACUUGCAAAUGAAUCCCGAUGGCUCUCUUGAUGGGACCAAGGAUGACAGCAGUAAUUCCUCUUUGUUCAACCUUAUUCCUGUGGGCCUCAGAGUUGUCGCCAUUCAGUCUGUGAAGACGGGGUUAUACAUCGCCAUGAACGGGGAAGGCCACCUGUACACAUCAGAACUCUUUACGGCAGAGUGCAAGUUCAAAGAGUCGGUGUUUGAGAACUACUAUGUGAUCUACUCAUCCAUGUUGUAUAGACAACAGGAGUCGGGGAGAGCCUGGUUCCUAGGACUCAAUAAAGAGGGCCAAGCCAUGAAGGGGAACCGAGUGAAAAAAACAAAACCAGCUGCUCACUUCCUGCCCAAGCCAUUAGAAGUUGCCAUGUACAGAGAGCCAUCGUUGCAUGAUGUUGGAGAGACAGUUCCCAAGGCGGCAGUACCUCCCAGUAAAAGCACAAGUGAGCCGGCGGUGAUGAACGGAGGUAAACCUGUCAGCAAGCCCGACAAGCCCACCACAUAGCCACACCUGACCAGUGCCCUGUGUGUGAGUGUGUGUGUGGAGGGGGGGGGGUGGCGGGGUUGGGGGGGCGUGACGGAGGCAGGGCUUUUCCCGACUAGACUCCAGCCCCUCUUUCUCCUGUGGAUCAGAUCCAGGCGAACCUUCCUUCCUUUCUUCUCUUGCUCCUCCUCCUCUUUCUCCGCCUUGUCCUCCUUUCCUCCAGCUGUCUCAGCAUGGGCGGACGGAUCCUGAGGUGGCUGAGUUUCUCCAGCACGGGAGGGAAGAGGACCUCUGAUCAUGGAAUGCCUUUAGAUUCCUCUGAAACUGUGAGAAUUCAUGUGAAUAACGUGUGUUUCACAACCACGCUCGUGGUACUUUGCUUGCUGACGGUUCAUCCAAGAAACCUUCCCCCUCUCUAUAAUGCCCUGCUGGAGCAGAGUGUGUGUACCUUCAGAUCUAUUUUCUAUACCACAGUUCACCAGCUAUGUUCUGGGAUAGAGACUGUAUAGAUAGAGUAAAUAUUUGGACUGUCGUCCUCUAUUUUUUACGAGUAUGUUCCCCUCCCUUUCUUUCUAUCUCUAGUCACACACUUUUCUCUUUGUCAAGUAACCUUGAAAAGAUAAAAACAUUUUGCAAGGGAAUUGUGUGAUUUUCUAAGAAACACAUUCACACAGAUAUACAUAAAAACAAACACAUAUAUAAAAAAAAAAAAAAACCUAUCCAAAUUUUAUUCUUGCCUACAACAUGCACACACACACACUUACAGACACACAAAGUUUGUGGGGAAAAUCAGAGAUGUUGCUUUUUUACAGCCGAUAAAAACACACUGGAGGCUGGCAGAUAGCUCCUGCAAUCAUAGAUGAUGAAGUGCUAAUUACCACCACUGCAAUCAAUGCAAGGAGCUCCCUACACACAUACACACACACACACACACACACAUUUAUAAACAGAUGUGCGUGUGGGUGGGAGAGCGCUGGAAGGAAUGGUGUAUACAUAUCACUAUCUAAGUCCCACCAGCGGUUCAGUCCGCCUUCUCUGGUAAAAAGAAAACCUGAAGUCUAUUUUUCUUUAAUCUUAUUUCAGAGCGUGGGCUCUAGGAAUAUCUCUAGGCCUUGUAGGCCUCUGUCCCUCACUCACUGACUUCUUUGGACUAUAAGGCAAGGCUUGUGGCUUUGACCCAGAUGGUCUAUAACUGCAGCACUGGCAGCCAUCUUAUGGCAGCGUCUACUUAAAGCCAGAAAACAACAUGGCUGAAAACCAGUAGACGACAUUUAUACUGGCUGCAUCCCUAUUUGGUUCAGCAAACUAAAGCAUGGGCAAGGUUAAUAUUGUGUUCUCUCUUCUUGCAGCAGUUAUACAAGAGAUGGCUUAUAUUGUAACAUUUUCACUGUAUAAAACUUAGGGAAAAUGACUAUUAAAAAUCCUAACUUUUUAAAUGACUAGAUAUUAUUAUAAUUAUUAUUAUGAGAGGAUUUGUCUCCUAGCUCAGCAUGCAGAGUCCAGUACUGAUCAUCUUGGCCUGUCACGUGCCUGUUUGGACCUUGAUUCCCGGCAUGCAAAAACAGGUUCCCAGUCCCCACUGGGCCAAAGGUGCCUCACCCACCCGAUACAUCCAUGUAGAGGACACGUAGCAUUAUCCAUUGAGAAAACCACACUCAGAUGUAUUCAUUCUGAAAUGACCAAAGUCUUUUUCAUCCCAAGAAGAACCAAACUCUUUAACUCUUUAAAAAAAAAUAAAAAUAAAAUAAAACAACAGAAAACAAAUCUGAUUCUCUCUCUGAUUCAAUUCAUUAAGCUUUCACUGUGAUAGCAUUUGUUCUGUCCGACAGAAUCAACUCUGCUUAGACCCGCAGAGGUCUCGACUGAUGUCAUUUUGGAGAAUUACGUAUACCUUGAAUUAAUCACGUGCAUGUAUUUUUUAUAAGGAACAAGGUAUGGGUAUCGUUCUUCACUCUGUUUAAGCUGAAGAGCACUGACGUUCGGUGUGGGAUUUGAAUGGGCAUGUUGUAGGCUACGGCACACUCACACCUAAUCUGAAGGUAACCCACUGCACUUUCUGUUUUGCAUUUUCAUCAUGACUGUUAGCAGUUUAUCAAAGCUCUAUCUGAUCAAUCAAUUUAUAACGUCUUGCUUUAAUGAUUUUUUCCGAAUAGUUUUGUUAGAUAAGAUUUAGAAUAUGAAGUAGAUUGUUGCUGCUGUAUGCUGCUAAACCUGCAACUAUAUUUAGAAAUUGAUUUGGUAAAUAUAAUUUUCAGAGUUUAUUGGGAUUACACAUGACCAUUUCUUAUUACAGCACAUCGAAGCACAUUAGCUAGACUUCAAUAUUUGUCUGUACAAAGCUGUUAAUGUUAUAACACAAGUGGCGUACUAUACAUGCACACACACAGGAGCUGCAAACUAUUGUAGUUGUACUUGAGGCUGAUGUUCUGUCCUCAUUACAGCCAAUCAUCCUCCACUCUUACAAACUCUACAUGCUGGGCUGGUUGCUGCUCCAGCCCUGCAGUCCAGUUAACUGGCUCCUCCAAGGCUGACUUUAUUUUUGUAAAUGACCAGUGUGUAAAUGUACAUCUCUGUUUGGAUCUCUGUAGCCACAGUUUAGUUUGUUUGUUUGUUUUUUGGUAAUCAUUUUCUCUUGUAUACGGGUCGUGUGUGAUGUCGUCUCCUAAUCCUGGUCACUUUUGCUUUGUUCCCUCUCUCUUCAGAUGUGUUACGAGACUAUUCUAGCAAACUUAGUUUUUUUUAUUUCUUCUGUUUUCAACCUCUUAUUUUGUACGUUGUCCCAUCUGUUGCAUGGGGAGAGGAUGGCAUCGAUGAACUGCAUGUAGUAGGCUAUGUCUAUCAAGAACUGUUGGUAUGUACCGCUAAUUUUACAUACAUAUAUGCAACGAGUUUGUCUACACUAUACAGUUUGUGUUUGUUGUAUACACAUAUACAACAUAUUGAAUAAAAUAUUUAUAUAAAGGUGUACUGUAAUGUCAGUAACGUACUUAAUGCAAUAUAGUGUGCAGUAUAUUAUUGCACCUGUCAUUUUUGAUGGGACAAAGAAAACAGAGGGGUUGGCUAGUUUAAGCAUGAAAAAGGCCAAAGUAGAAUUUACAUUAAAUUUUCUUUGUGACUUCUUAUCGGUCCUCUUUUCAAGUGGUGACUGAGCUCUUGUGUCAAUGCAGCUCUCAUCCCCUGAUGCCACCUUUUGAAGUGACAUCCAGCAUGCCACAACUGAACUAUGUAUGCCCUUCUCUUUGUUUCCUCCACUUAGAAUUUAACCUUAUCACUAGUAUGAGUUGAGUGAGAAAUGUCCAUUACGUACCUUCAGU